UGGCACAGAUUGGCUUCACCACAGACCCGAGGAUGGCACGCUCCUCGCCGUACCCCACCGACGUUGCCCGCGUGGUCAACGCUCCCAUCUUCCACGUCAACGCUGACGACCCCGAGGCCGUGGUCUACGUCUGCAACGUGGCAGCAGAGUGGCGCAGCACCUUCCACAAGGACGUGGUGGUGGAUUUGGUUUGUUACAGGCGCAACGGGCACAACGAGAUGGACGAGCCCAUGUUCACACAGCCCCUGAUGUACAAACAGAUCCGCAAGCAGAAGCCAGUGCUGCAGAAAUACGCAGAGCUGCUGAUUUCCCAGGGGGUGGUGAAUCAGCCCGAGUACGAGGUACCAUCUGUGGGGCCUGGAAGGACAACUGCAGGAGGCAUCUCUGGGGAAAACUUUGAUUUACUCUCUGAGUCUGGGAACUCAAUUAUGAGGGAGCUGUGGGUGAAGGGAACCAAGGAAUAA